AUGUCUUCGGGACCGUACAAUCAUGGUGGUCAUGCUCCUAUUCAACCAGGACACCCAUCUGGGGUAAAACCACAAAGUGGCCUAGAAUUGUCUCCCAGCCUAAACACACAGGUGGCUUGCCUUCAAAUGCAUGCUUCUAGCUCACAAAUGCUGACAGAAAGUUUACAAGCGCCACCGAAUAGCCAGGAAGCUCCAUUAGCACCAAACCAACAACUACCACUGGAUAGGCUAGAACCAUCAUCAACUAGCUUCCAAAUACCAACCCUUCAACAGUCUCCACCGGAUAGCUUAGAACAGCAGUUUGUUGGUUAUAAUCAACUAGAACCAGCUAGCUUGGAACAACCAACUGUUAGCAAUAUGCUGCAAUCAGAUGGCCCGCAGCUAUCCCCUAGUAGUGCACGACCAUCUGAUUGUCAUCAUCAAUCACUACAUGAUACCCAUCAUCAUCCUUCAUUUCUUGCACCGAAGUUGGCAUCUACUAGCCAAGAACAUCUACAGGAUGGCUUACAUGCAUCCGCUAGCCAUCAACCGUCAACUGGAAUCCAUUAUCCACCAUCUAACCUGGAACAUCCAACAACCCAACAACAAAUAUUGAACAACCAUAAAAGACCAUCAGUUACAUUUCAACUCCCACCUAGUAGCCUAGAUUCAUCAACUACUCAUGAACCAUUAUCGGCCAAACAGCUGUCGGCAAGUAACAAACGCCCUAUCCCUGGCCAACAACCAUUAGAUGCAAACCGAUCAUCACUUACUAACCUAGAAGUUCCAAGAAAAACUCAGAUGGGUGUGUCAGCUAGAAAUCAGCCAUCAUCAACUAGCCGACAAACUUCAGAAAAUCACCAACCAUCAUUCGCGGGUCGAGAAUCAUCGAUUAACCAUCAAACGCCUUCAGUGCCAGCUAUCCAACAACAUCCACAGACUAGUCGACGAGCAAUUGAAAGCCAACAUCAAAAUUCAGGGAGCAUGUCAUCAGCAAGUCAACAAUUUCCACCAUCUACCCCACAAUUAUCACCAGGUGACUUACAUUUAACAUCAGUUGUUCCACAAGCAUCGCCAGCUAACCUACAACUACCACAAGGUAACUUACAACCUUCACCUACCGGACGACAGUUACCACCGACUAACCCACAACCCACUGUCCACUUUGAAGUUCAACUUGCCAACCUCCAACCACCACCAUGUAGCCGGCAGCCGCCAUCAAGCCCACAACCACAACCACACCCACAACAACAACCACAACCGCCAGUUAGCCCACUACCCCAAACUAGUCUUCAUGAUCUCUUACAUGCUGAAGUACACACCAAGAGCAAAAAGGAUCGCCGAAAAGCUUCUGGUGCGCAGAAAAGGUUGGAGAAACUACUAAGUCAAUCCUGCAACAAGCACUGUGCAGAUUGUGGAUCUACAGAUCCAAAAUGGGUAUCUAUCAGUCAUGGAGUUUUUAUUUGUAUCAAGUGUUCUGGUGUCCAUCGAAGCCUCGGAGUACAUAUAUCAAAGGUUUUAUCAGUCAAGUUGGAUGAAUGGACAGAUGAUCAGGUCACUGCUUUCAUGGAGAUGGGCGGGAAUAUAGUUGUAAACAAGAAAUUGGAAGCUUGUGUGCCAGAAGAUUGUAAAAAACCAAAAUCAGAUGCUCCUAUAGAGGAGAGAGCGGAAUUCAUUCGGAGAAAAUAUGAGAUGCUAGAGUUUACAGACUUCAACGAACACAUGACAUGCCCCUAUAAUCCCAAUAGAGUAAAUUCUCAAGAGAAGAGACAUUAUGAAAAACAAACAACUAGACAUCGAAUUGGGAGUGCAUUGAGAAACAGCUGGGGAAGAAAAGAUGCAGAGCAAAAGCAAACCAAGAAAAGCAUUUGUUUGGCAGGAAUGGUCGAAUUUGUUGGCUUGAUUAAGGUGAAUGUAGUAAAAGGAACCAAUCUGGCAAUCCGCGAUAUGGUAACAAGUGAUCCUUACGUCAUCCUUGCAUUAGGUCAUCAAUCGGUGAGGACUCGAGUCAUAAAGAAUAACCUCAAUCCUGUGUGGAAUGAAAGCCUUAUGUUGUCAAUCCCAGAUCACAUCCCUCCCCUCAAAGUGCUUGUUUAUGAUAAGGACACUUUCUCCACGGAUGAUUUUAUGGGAGAAGCAGAGAUUGACAUUCAACCUCUGGUUUCUGCUGCAAGGGCAUAUGAGACAUCCUCGAUAAACGAAUCAACACAACUAGGGAAGUGGGUGGCAAGCAGAGACAACACACUAGUCAAAGAUGGGGUUAUCUCCUUAAUAGAUGGUAAAGUUAAGCAAGAAAUCAGUCUAAGGCUGCAGAAUGUUGAGAGGGGAGUGCUUGAGAUUGAGCUUGAAUGUGUCCCUCUAACUCAAUAA